AUGGCCAAAGUAGAUACCUCACUGCCCCCAGAGCCCACCGGCGCUGCUGCUGAUUUCGCUGCUCGACAUGCAGAAGAGCACCCGUUGAAGCUUUACGGCGGCUGGUUUUGUCCCUUUGUCCAAAGGAGUUGGAUCACCAUCCACGAAAAGAAGGUUCCUCACCAAUAUGUCGAGAUCAAUCCCUACAAGAAAGAGCCGCACUUCUUGGCCUUGAACCCUCGCGGACUGGUCCCAACUCUCGCAGUCCCUGUCGACGCCAAGGGGAAAGAACAGAAGGCUUUGUUCGAGAGCAAUAUUAUCUGUGAAUAUAUCGAUGAAGCUUUCAACGAUGAGUCUAAAUAUGGCUCGAGUCUUCUGCCUUCAGACCCCUAUGAGAAGGCUCGAUGCCGUCUUUGGAUCGACCAUAUCAGUACACGCAUUAUUCCUUCAUGGUACAAACUCUUGCAACACACUCCGGAGAAGAGUUACAGCCUAGAAGAGGCCAGGGAGGAGCUAAAUGGUCGUGUCAAAUCCUUUGUAGAGGAGAUGGACCCUGAGGGUCCAUGGUUUCUUGGCUCGACCUUUAGUCUCGUGGAUGUCUGCCUUGCACCAUGGGCAAAGCGUCUGUUCCUCAUUGAUCAUUACAAGGAGGGCGGUCAUGGAAUUCCUACAUCUGGAGAAGGAAAAGAUGGUGAGACGUGGAAUAGAUGGAAGAAGUGGUACGAUGCUAUUCUUGACCGUGAUAGUGUCAAGGAGACGUGGAGUGCUGAUGAGCGGUACAUUAUUGCAUACAAGAGAUAUGCCGAGGACACAACCAACUCUGAGGUUGGCCAGGCCACAAGAUCCGGCAAACGUCUGCCUUAG